AUGGAAUUCAUACCCGAGCGCUGGCUCGUGGAGCCGGGAGACCCACUGUACCCCGUUAAGGGGGGUUGGCGACCCUUCGAGCAUGGGCCGCUAAAUUGCUUGGGUCAGACUCUGGCUAUGCUCUGUGAAAAUCACGCUGGCGCUUACUGUGCCAAGGUUAAGAGGGUUAAUAGCGAGCGCGCUUAUCAGACGCAGUCCGGAGGGGCGCAUCCUGCUGAUGGUUAUCCGUGUCGGAUCAGCUUUAGGAAGUAG